AUGUAUGUGAAAUGGUUUGAUACAGUAAUGUUUUACUAUAUCAUUUUAGUGUAUUUGUGAAUGUCACUUUUUCACAUUUUUAAAUUUCCCGCCGUUCCGUCCCCCUACAUCCCGACGCUCGCAGGGAACGAAACCAAGAAGACGGAUGCCGGCAUCGGCCGGAAGACAUUGCAGGGGACACUGCAGGAGGGACAUCGCGGGAGUGCAGGACAAGGUAAGUGAAGAAGAGAUCCCGGAGCAGCUCUGCGGGGUAUUCCCGAGUGUUGCUCGGGGUUACCGCUUGUGCUACACUCGGGAAUACCGCCAGGGAGGUUAAACUAA